AUGUCUUGGUGGGGAAAAUCAAAAGACCCCAAGCCGGAGGAGAAGAAGAACGAGGCAACUCAGAUCAAGGAUGCUAUCGUCGAAAAGCUCCCUUCGAAGGAAGAGCUCCGCGAGAAAUCUCAGCAAACCGUCCAGACCGGCAAGAACGGAAAUGUCUUUGACGACAUAGCAGAGGAUUCCAAUGUUCGAUAUGCGGCGUAUGCCACGCGAAUCCGAACGAUUCUCCUCUCAGCGCACCGAUAUGUGGCAUACACAUCUGAUAUAGGUGAAUCAUUCAGGCCCGUAGCUCACCCGAAUCUCGUCCGCGGCGCCUACGGUGUAUCCUGGCUGUACCUCAUCGGUGAUGUCUCGUACGAAGGUUACAAGUCGUACUGGCACAACCAGCGUGUCUUGAACCCAAGUGUGCAGCUCACUCCUCGACAAGAGAAGGUUACAGGCCUGCCCGCCACCGAGAUACGCGCGCUCCAGCCGGGAACCGUGGCACCGCUCGACGACUACCGCACCGUCAUGGUGCAGCGUGCCAUCUUCCAGAGUUUGGCCAGUAUGGGACUACCCGCUUUCACAAUCCACAGUGUCGUGAGGUAUUCCGGCCGAGCUAUGAAGGACAUGAAGAACAAGGCCAUCAGAACAUGGGCUCCCAUUGGUCUUGGUCUCGCUAUUGUGCCCUUCCUGCCAGCAAUGUUCGAUGAGCCUGUUGAGAACGCGGUUGAAUGGGCGUUCCACAAAGGCUUCGAGACCUUUGGCGGAAAAAGUGCUGUGGGCAAUGCGCCUACGAUGGGUCGUGAGGAUUUGUUGACCAAGAAGCCUAAGGAGAAGGAGCUGUAA